AUGUCUCUCACAGCACAGGAUGUUUCUGAGAAUACUGGAUUUAGACCAAUUUUGGUAACUGAGGAGGAAAAACAGAGAACCGAUAACGAGGCGGCCAGGUUAAUAGAAGGGCUGGAGGAAUUGGUGAAAAAGAACCCCAAAAGAGGUGGUGUUCGAGAAUUUUCCAAUUCUGUGCUUGGUUCAGAUAUAGUAGUUCAUAGUUGGAGAUUUAAUGAGUGGGACUACUCAAGUAAUAAGGUGGUUCUCCCCACUUAUGCCAGGGGACUUUUUACAAGCGGCAACAAGAUUAUAUGCCGUGGGUACGAAAAAUUUUACAAUCUCAAUGAAUUUCAAGGGAUGAAUGAGGAUGUGGUGGCUGAAUCCACAAUUGGACCUUAUACCGUCACCGUGAAGUCAAAUGGUUGUAUUAUAUUUAUGUCUGGUCUGUCAGAUGGAAAUCUUGUGGUUUGUUCCAAACAUUCUACAGGAAUGAGAACAGACGUGCAGAAAAACCAUGCAUUGGUAGCAGAACAGGCACUCGAAAGACAGCUUGAACAAAAGGGACUUUCCAAAAAAGAUUUGGCAAAGGUGCUUUACGAACUUGAUUGUACAGCCGUUGCAGAAUUUUGUGAUGAUUCAUUUGAAGAGCAUGUUCUCGAGUAUAAGGGAGAGAAGGCCGGACUCUAUUUACAUGGAUUGAACACAAAUACAGUGCAGUUCAAAACUUACCCAAUUGAGGAUGUGAACAAAUUUGGCGAUCUGUUUGGCUUUAAACCAACAAACUUUAUUAGAUUCAACACAUUUGAAGAAACCGCUAACUAUUUUAAGUCUAUUUCUGAGACAGGUUCAUUUGAAGGCGAGCAGGUUGAAGGCUUUGUGGUGAGAUGCUUUAAAAAAGACAAAGGACAGGACUUUUUCUUUAAAUAUAAGUUUGAAGAGCCAUAUCUAUUGUACAGAGAACUACGGGAAGUGACAAAGCAAUUGAUUAAAAAAGGAACACAAAACAUUAACUUUGGAAAGCACAAACUCAUUUGUAUGGACUAUUUGAAGUUUAUCAUGCCUAUACUCCACGAUAAUAAAGAGAUUCAGGAUCAAUACUUGAAUAAUCAGAAUGUUAUAGAGCUAAGAAAGAUGUACUUCAAAGCCAAGGGAAGAAGCGAUCUAGAGACAAUUGAUCAUGAACUUUCAAUGUCAAGCUUGGAGGAGGAAAUGCGGUCACUAAAUUUUGGCACUACUCAACCAAACAGAUAUGUAUUGGUGACUGUUUCCACAAUCGGCUGUGGUAAAACAACCACUUCCAAGACACUCACGAGCCUAUUUCCAGAUCUAAUUGGACACAUUCAAAAUGACAACAUUCGGCGUCCUGUGGGUGAUAAACUUAUAUCAGGUGCUCUUGAGAUUUUAGUUGAUAAGCCAGUUGUGAUUGUGGACAAGAAUAACCACCAGUUUCGUGAGAGAAGAUGGCUUUUUAAUGAAUUUUCUCAUUUGAAUGAACUUAUUCCAUCAUCAAAGCUCAAAUUUAUUUGCCUUAACUUCCUACAAAGCCCUCCCAAAAUGGAUCAGAGACUUUGGAAACUUACAUCCAGCCGAAUAACCAAGAGAGGGGACAAUCAUCAGACAAUUAAGGCCUCACGUGAUGGAAGUGUAAAGAUUAAGAAAAUUAUGGGAGGUUUUGUGAGUCGUUUUCAAAUGGUCAAUCCGCACAAAGAGCCAGAUUCAAAUUUCAAUCUGAUAAUAGAUCUUAAGGUUGACACGAAAAACUCGUCGUUAGAAAAUGCAAAGAGAAUUGUUUCACAGCUACAAUCAUUUGCUCAAGAUCUUCAUAUCAAAACACCAACAGAUGAGCAAUUCAAUUUUGCUUUUCAGAAGGCACUGGAGUACAAGCCUCCUGAGACCAAAAUUGUCUCAAAGCCUAGAAUAUGUCAUCCACUAUAUUUUGGUAUACGAAUCUCGGAUUCAAAAGCACUUUUCAAUCAGCUUAAUACGCUGGCUGAAACGAAUCCGGAGUGCUUUUCUUCUUUUUUAAAACUUAGUGCUGCUGGAAGGCUACUUUCAAAGUUACACGUCACAAUGAUACAUGUGAGUUCAAGAAAAGGAAACAAUAAUAACAAAAAACUAUGGAACAAAUACAAUAAAAAGGUAUUCAAAACGGACUUGGAAAAGAUCGGUGCAAAAAAUGAUCUGAAAAAUGGAACAUCAUUUGAUCUACCAUCUGGAGCAUCUGCCGAUAUAAGGCUUGAAAAAUUAUGUAGCAGCAAUGACCUUUGCUGUAUUAAGGUGGAGAUAUUGAAGCUUUAUUGGCAUGAAGGUGAUCCUCUGGAUUUGAAAUUGGGAAAUGCAUUUCCACAUAUUACACUUGGUACAAGAAGCAGCGAUAUCAAACCAUUCAAAAGCAAUUCGUUGCUUGAAAGCGUUUACAGGUUCGGAGAGACGAGCGGUAUUGAAACGUUUGAUUUCAAGAAUUCAGAGGAGAACAUCAUCCGACAACUUCCGAUAGCCGCUUAUUAUUGA